UUGAAUAACCUUGAUUCAUGUGAUCUCGAAGAUGAUGAUCUCAUGCUUGAUGUGGACCUGCCUGAGGACCCACCUCAUGACAAAGAGGAAUGUGAAAAUAUGAGCCGUUAUGAUAGACAAGACAGAAAUUCUAGGCAACAUCAGGAAGGAUUCUGGAAAAGAGCACCACAGCAGCGGUGGAAUACACAGGAUCACUAUCAUCUGGGCCAUACUGAUCACUAUAUCCAUGGUAAAAACGAUUUGAACAGGGGCUCAAACUACUUAGAAUCUCCUAUUGGUCGCUUUGAAAGCUAUGGAACACCAAAUUUUUACCAGGCUUCUAGACAGCUGGGGGGCUUACCGGAGAAUACUGUGAUGCUUGAUGAAAUGACCCUUAGGCACAUGGUCCAAGACUGCACAGCUGUAAAAACUCAGUUAUUGAAACUGAAGAGACUGCUGCACCAGAAUGAUGAAAACGUGUCGCUCCAGGACAUCUCACUCUCAGUUCCAUCAAGUCCAGAACCACAAGAACCUGAGACAACUUUUAAGAUGGAUGAUCUGCUGAACGAGAUCAAGCAGCUUAAAGAUGAACUGAAGAAAAAGGAUGAAACAAUCAACCAAUUAGAGAAUCAACUUGCCACAAGAUGUAACUGCCAGAAAGACAGUCAAAAACCUACAGGGGCAACAUGCACGCAUGCUGACAAAUUUACACAAACCUCCUGGAGGAGGAGUUCUGGUGGGUAUUCUGCUCCCUCCUUCUCUCCCUGGCAGGGCUCAUUCCAGGGCAUCCCUCGGACUGUUCCACCGCACCGCAGACAGACCUCAAGUACUACAGCCUUCCAGCAGCCUUCCCAGUUCCACAGACCUCGCCCAGGGAAAACUAAUAAAAAUGCCACAUAUCGAGGCCCACAGUGAAUAUCCUAAACAUGGUCUGCAUGAAAAUAGCAAUCAUCAGAAUAAAAAUGCUGCAAAUGUCUCUCUCACAAAUAGCCUGAAUGAUGUAAACUCUUUAAUGAGCAUACAGUUAAACAUAAAAGAUGAUAAUUCAUCAUAUUUGGAAAAUUUGAACAGUAAAAAUACCGAAGACCCUGGAGAG